AGACUGACGGGAUGACGUCACAGAGGCAGUUGACAUUAUGUUGAAUCGUCAACAAAAAUUUUGCGAUAAAAAUAAACUGCUGCAGUAUUUUGUGUUUAUGUUAUCUAACAAGUGUAAAUAAGACGCAAAGGUUGUAUUGGUGGACAACACAGCCAUGGAUACGAAUCGAAUAGAAUCAGAUGGAUUUGUGCUGCACACGGAGAAUAAUGUCUCCGCGGCGGAAUUGAUUGAUUUCGAUCAGGGGAUUCUGCCCCCGGAACCGCAGUUGGGUAAUGUGGAGUACAAACUUAAGCUCAUCAAUCCCUCACAGAUGAGGUUUGAGCACCUUGUGACGCAGAUGAAGUGGCGCCUGAGGGAAGGACACGGGGAGGCUGUCUAUGAGAUUGGGGUGUCGGACUCGGGGCAGCUACACGGACUGGAUGAUGCUGACAUGGACACUUCGUUGCGAACACUCACCCAGAUGGCGGAUAAGUUGGGUGCCACGACGACGGUGUUGAGGCGAAAGUCCGUUGGGUAUCGACGCUCCGUGACUGAGGUGCUUGUGCGGAAGAUUCCCGAUGAUCAGCACAACAUUGAAGUACGUGUAGCUGUCCUGGGUGGAGCUGGUGCGGGGAAGAGUACCCUCCUGGGUGUCCUGACGCAGGGUGUGACGGACAAUGGGCGCGGGAAGGCGCGCCUGAAUAUGUUUAGGCAUGUGCACGAGAUUAAGUCUGGCAGGACGUCCUGCAUCAGUCAUGAAUCUCUCGGAUUUGAUGCCAUGGGCAAUGUGAUAAACUCCAAUACGAACGACAUGAUAACAGCGGAGGAGGUGCGUGAUAAAUCCGCUAAGCUAGUCACGUUCAUGGAUCUCGCGGGGCACCGCAGGUACCUGAGGACAACAGUCCAGGCACUCACUGGCUACUCUCCACACCACGCAAUGCUCGUUGUGAGCUCUGGCGGGAAUAUUGGGGGCAUGACAAAGGAGCAUUUGGCCAUUGUGAAGGCGCUGGACAUCCCCUUUUUCAUUGUCAUCACGAAGAUUGACAUCACACCGCCGGGAACGGUGAUUCAGGAGCUCAAGGACAUUCUAACGUCCAUUGGCUACCGCAAGGUUCCAAUGCUAAUCGACACCUACGACAGUGUCCUCACAGCGAGCUCUCAUCAACUCUCUGAAAAUGUUGUGCCCAUCUUCUGCGUGUCGAAUGUCACGACAGACGGGUUGGGGCUCAUCACGCGUUUCCUGUACGUCUUGUCACCGGGUGUGAGCAAUUCGGAGCGCGAACGGCUCGAAUUGGAGCCGUGUGAAUUUCACAUUGAUGAAAUCUUUCGAGUUGAGGAUGCUGGCGUGGUUGUGGGUGGAUUACUCGUGAAGGGAGUCAUCACGGAGGGGACCUGCCUCAAUGUAGGACCCCUCCCGGAUGGUUCCUUCAACGCUGUCACUGUGGCAACAAUUCAUCGCAAUAAGGCCCCCUGCAGGGUGGUGCGUGCUGGACAGAGUGCAUCACUCUCCUUUACAGCCACCGGAGACUUACCCACCCUCCGCAGUGGCAUGGUGCUCGUGUCCACGGACUUGGGAUCUCCAGCCGAACCCUACGGCACACUGUACUUCCAGGCCAAGGUGUCGGUACUCUACCAUGCCACGUCCAUCUACAAGGGCUUUCAGACAACCGUGCACAUUGGCAGCAUCCGCCAGACCGCCAUAAUUGAGGGAAUAAUGGGUGACAGGAAGUUGCGGACAAAUGACAGUGCCUCCGUACUCUUCAGGUUCGUGAGGCAGCCAGAAUACGUGCACGAGGGCAUGAGGAUUCUCUUCCGCGAAGGCUCCAGCAAGGGCAUUGGGGUUGUCACGCAAGUAUUCCCCCUAAAUGUGACGCUAAAUUAAUUAAUUCACGUACAGCUUAAAUCUCUCCCAGUUUAGCAACAAUUAUAUUUAUUCUUCAAAAUGAAAUAAUGAGAUUUAUUAACUUUAUUUCUCUUUGCCAUUUUAAAAAAAUGAUGAUGUUCUCUCAAAUAAAUGAAUUUUGAAUUCCUGCCUCCAA